CGUGACAGCCUGUUUUGUUUUCGUUUAGUGCUGAAGAGGAAGUGUCUUUCUGUUUGGUCAGUGGGAUUCAAAAAUAUAAGACAAUCACGAGGUUUUCACCGUAUAAUAUCGUAGCAGGUAUCGUACGGAGGUUUUACUUGUUCCGUAGCCGGUGUAGCUGAGCCGACUUCCGCCUGUGCGUCCUGCACGGACACGUCCGCAGCAUCCUGGCAGCUCUAAAACGCGUUAAAUGAAGUACAUGCCAACAGCAAAACCACUGAUGCUGAUGACAAAGACGAGUCAUACGUGUUUGAUCGUUUCCAGCAUGGCCUCUUUGGUCCUGCUCAUGAUGGUGCUCUACGGGACCAUGAGCAGCCAGCAGCCGGGCGGCUCGAGCCUCAGACACGACUACCAGCUGCUGGGCAGACCCCUGUACAAGCUGGAUCUGAGCUGGCCCAAGAACCCGGAGCUCUACACCGGAGACGUGUUUGGAGUGGCGGUCAACCAGUAUGCUGGGGUGGUGUAUGUGGCUCAGAGAGGCGACAACGUUCCCAAGGUGCUGGUGUUCACUACAGAUGGAGAUUACCUCAUGUCCUGGAAUACAACCACCCUGGAGAAGCCUCAUGGAAUAUUUCUAGCCGAUGCAGCUUCAUCAAACCCCACCGUGUGGGUCACAGAUGUGGGGAACGGCCCGUAUGGUCACUGCAUCAAACGCUACACGCCAUCAGGAAAGUUGCUACAGGUGCUUGGAACGCCGGGAAAAGCAGGUUCUGGACUGGACCCCCUGCAGUUUGAUCAGCCCGCCGAGAUAUUUGUCCACGACUCUGGGGAAAUUUAUAUUGUGGACGGUGAUGGAGGGAUGAACAACCGCCUCAUCAAGCUGUCCAAGGAGCAGAAGGUGAUGUGGAUGCAUGGAGAGAAAGGACAAGGCCUAGCUCAGUUCUACAUCCCACACAGCGUGACCGUGGACACGGCCCAGAGGGUGUGGGUGGCUGACAGAGGAAACAAGAGGAUCCAGGUCUUUAAUUCUGUCACCGGGGAGUGGCUGGGGACGUGGGGCAGCUGCUUUACUGAAGACGCACCCUAUUCUGUCCGCCUCACCCCAGACAAAAAAUACUUUGUUGUUGUCCAGCUCAACACCAAUCAGAUUUCACUGCUGGACGCGCCGCCUGUAGGCAUGAUCGGUUUCACAACAUCUGCGGGGGAGCGGGGGAGGAUGACGGACAGACCUGGCGCACCUAAACGUGUAGUGAGGGUGCGCUGGGAAUGCCUGGCAGAGGCCCCGGUCCAUGAGAUCUUCAACUCCCACCUCGGGCAGAGCUUCAACAGCAUUCAGAGGGAGACUGGGGACAUUAAGUCUGACUGGACCAUGUUCAGCAUCUCCAUUACUGAAGUCACUGUACUGAGCUGCGACCGCAAGGUGGUGCCUGUCAUGGUGGUGACCCCCGAACCAAAUGGUGGACACCAGAGGUGA